ACGCUGAGGGGGCGCCGGUGUAGUUGCUGUCCUCAUUCAUUCGCCUGGCGGUGGGCCGGCCCUCUGCGGAGGCAGCGCCUGAAGACCCUCCCUACCGAUCGUCUCCCGCAUCUCCUUGGCGGUGCUACGGGGAUGGGCUUUAUUUGCCGCGCGAGAAAAAGGCAUUCUGAAGCAAAGACUCAUUUUGAGGAUGUUUAAUAAAUCAUUUGGAACACCCUUUGGGGGUGGUACAGGAGGCUUUGGCACAACUUCAACAUUUGGGCAGAAUACUGGAUUUGGCACUACUACUGGAGGGGCAUUUGGAACAUCUGCAUUUGGCUCUAGCAACAAUACUGGCAGCUUGUUUGGAAAUACACAGACCAAACCAGGAGGAUUAUUUGGUACCAACUCAUUUAGCCAGCCAGCCACUUCUACAAGUGCUGGCUUUGGGUUCGGCACAUCAACAGGAACAUCAAAUAGCUUGUUUGGAACUGCCAGCACAGGAACCAGUCUAUUCUCAUCCCCGAACAAUGCCUUUACGCAAAACAAAUCAACCGGCUUCGGGAAUUUUGGAACAAGUACUAGCAGUGGAGGGCUCUUUGGAACUACAAAUACCACCUCGAACCCUUUUGGUAGCACAUCUGGUUCCCUUUUUGGGCCAAGUAGUUUUACAGCUGCACCUACUGGGACUACCAUUAAAUUCAAUCCUCCAACGGGUACAGAUACUAUGGUCAAAGCUGGAGUUAGUACUAAUAUCAGCACCAAGCACCAGUGUAUUACUGCUAUGAAAGAAUAUGAAUGCAAGUCACUAGAGGAACUUCGUUUAGAGGAUUAUCAGGCUAACCGGAAAGGUCCUCAGAACCAGGUGGGAGCAGGUACCACAACUGGCUUGUUUGGGUCUUCACCAGCCACUUCCAGUGCUACAGGACUCUUCAGCUCCUCUACUACUAAUUCAGGCUUUGCAUAUGGUCAGAACAAAACUGGCUUUGGAACUAGUACAACUGGAUUUGGAACAAACCCAGGCGGUCUCUUUGGCCAACCGAAUCAGCAGACCAGCAGCCUCUUCAGCAAACCAUUUGGUCAGGCCACAACCACUCAGAACACUGGCUUUUCAUUUGGUAAUACCAGCACUCUAGGACAGCCAAGCACCAACACCAUGGGAUUGUUUGGAGUAACCCAAGCCUCACAACCCGGAGGUCUUUUUGGGACCGCUGCAAACACCAGCUCUGGGACUGGAUUUGGCACGGGAACAGGUCUCUUUGGGCAGACCACGACUGGAUUUGGUGCUGUUGGUUCGACCCUGUUUGGCGGUAACAAGCUUACUACAUUUGGAACCAGCACAACCAGUGCUCCUUCAUUUGGUACAACCAGUGGCGGGCUCUUUGGUAACAAACCAACCCUGACUUUAGGAACCAAUACAAACACUUCCAAUUUUGGUUUUGGCACAAAUAACAGUGGAAAUAGCAUUUUUGGAAAUAAGCCAGCAACUGGGACUCUGGGAACUGGACUUGGAGCAGGAUUUGGAACAGCUCUUGGUGCUGGACAGGCAUCUUUGUUUGGGAACAACCAGCCUAAGAUCGGAGGGCCUUUGGGUACAGGAGCCUUUGGGGGCCCUGGAUUUAAUACCACGACAGCUACUUUGGGCUUUGGAGCCCCUCAGGUCCCAGUAGCGUUGACAGACCCAAAUGCUUCUGCUGCCCAGCAAGCUGUCCUUCAACAACACAUCAAUAGUCUCACAUACUCACCGUUUGGAGACUCCCCUCUCUUCCGGAAUCCCAUGUCAGACCCUAAGAAGAAAGAAGAGAGAUUGAAACCAACAAAUCCAGCAGCGCAGAAAGCUCUCACUACACCCACUCAUUAUAAGCUCACACCCCGCCCUGCCACCAGAGUCCGGCCAAAAGCUUUACAGACAACGGGCACAGCCAAGUCACAACUCUUUGAUGGGUUGGAUGAUGAUGAACCAUCCCUAGCCAAUGGAGCCUUUAUGCCCAAGAAGAGCAUUAAGAAGUUGGUUUUGAAGAACCUUAACAAUAGUAACCUAUUUUCUCCUGUUAAUCGUGAUGCUGAAGAUCUAGCUUCACCCUCUGCUUAUCCAGAAAAUGGAGAGAGAUUCAGUUUUCUGAGCAAAACUGUUGAGGAGAACCAUCAGCAGGAUGGAGAUGAGGAUUCUCUUGUGUCACGUUUUUAUACUAACCCCAUUGCCAAACCCAUCCCUCAAACCCCAGAAAGUGCUGUAAAUAAGCACAACAGCAGUAGCAGUGUGGACGAUACCAUUGUUGCAUUAAAUAUGCGGGUCGCUUUGAGAAACGGGCUAGAAGGAAGCAGUGAAGAGACCUCUUUCCAUGAGGAGUCUUUGCAAGAUGAUCGAGAAGAAGUAGAAAAUAAUGCUUAUCAUAUGCACCCGGCAGGUAUUGUUCUCACCAAAGUUGGUUACUAUACCAUUCCUUCUAUGGAAGAUCUUGCUAAAAUUACCAAUGAGAAAGGGGAAUGCGUUGUGUCUGACUUCACUAUUGGACGUAAAGGUUAUGGUUCAAUAUAUUUUGAAGGAGAUGUGAAUUUGACAAAUCUAAAUCUGGAUGAUAUUGUGCAUAUCCGAAGGAAAGAAGUGAUUGUCUACUUAGAUGAUAACCAAAAACCACCUGUGGGUGAAGGACUCAAUAGGAAAGCUGAGGUUACAUUAGAUGGAGUUUGGCCAACAGAUAAAACAUCCCGUUGUUUGAUCAAGAGUCCAGAUCGACUUGCUGAUAUCAAUUAUGAAGGGAGGCUGGAAGCCGUUUCAAGAAAACAGGGAGCUCGGUUCAAAGAAUAUCGACCUGAAACUGGUUCUUGGGUGUUUAAGGUCUCUCAUUUUUCUAAAUAUGGUCUUCAGGAUUCUGAUGAAGAGGAUGAGGAGAAGCCAUCUAAAACUAGUACAAAGAAGUUGAAGACUGCCCCAGUGCCUCCUGCAGGCCAAACUAGCCCAUUCCAGAUGGCUCUUAAUGGCAAACCAGCACCCCCACCCCAGAGCCACAGCCCAGAGGUGGAGCAGUUAGGGAGGGUUGUGGAGCUGGACAGUGACAUGAUAGAUAUCACCCAGGAGCCGGUUUCGGAUUCCAUGUUAGAAGAGAGCAUACCUGAGGAUCAGGAACCUGUGUCAGCCUCAACACACAUUGCGUCAUCAAUGGGAAUUAAUCCACAUGUUUUACAGAUCAUGAAAGCAUCAUUGCUUGCUGAUGAUGAAGAUGUCGAUACGGUCCUAGAUCAGCGCUUCAGCCGCCUUCCAUCUAAAGCAGAUGCUUCUCAAGAAAUCUGUUCUCCCAGGCUCCCUAUUUCAGCAUCCCAUUCAUCGAAGUCCCGUUCAUUAGUUAGUGGGUUGCUACAAUCAAAAUUUAUAAGUGGAGCUUUUCAUUCAACAAGUGCCUCUGUGCAAGAAUGCCGUACUCCCAGAACUUCAGCUGUAAUGAAUAUCCCAUCCACACCUCCUUGGUCUGUUCCCCCACCUCUGACCUCUGUGUUUACGGUACCUAGCCCAGCCCCUGAGGUUCUUUUGAAAACAGUUGGUACCCGCAGGCAGCUAGGCCUGGUACCUCUUGAAAAGUCGGUCACAUAUGGCAAAGGGAAACUCUUGAUGGACAUGGCCCUAUUUAUGGGACGCUCAUUUCGUGUGGGCUGGGGCCCCAACUGGACUCUUGCUAACUGCGGAAAACAGCUAAGUGGUUCUCAUGAACUGGAAAAUCAUCAGAAUGCUGAUUCUGUGGAAUAUGGAUUCCUCCCCAAUCCAGUAAUUGUUAAAUCCCUGACUGAAUCUCCAUUCAAAGUUCAUUUGGAAAAGCUCAGUUUGCAACAAAGGAAGCUGGAUGAGGACCUGCAAUUAUACCAGAUACCCUUAGAGCUCAAAUUAAAACAUAGCACUGUCCAUGUGGAUGAGCUGUGUCCUCUCAUUGUCCCCAACCCGGGAGUUGCUGUCAUUCAUGACUAUGCAGAUUGGGCUAAGGAAGCAUUAGGAGACUUAUUAGAAACACAGAUUGUGAAGCACUGGAGCCUGACCUGGACGUUAUGUGAAGCCCUAUGGGGUCACCUGAAGGAGCUGGAGAGCCAGCUUGACGAACCUAGUGAAUACAUUCAGAUUCUUGAGCGUCGGAGAGCUUUCUCCCGUUGGCUAUCCCACACUGCUACACCUCAGAUUGAGGAGGAAGUCUCUCUAACCCGAAAAGACAAUCCCGUGGAGGCUGUCUUUAGCUACCUCACCGGCAAGAGGAUCAGUGAGGCUUGUUGUCUGGCCCAGCAGUCAGGUGAUCAUCGUCUUGCCCUUCUUUUAUCCCAGCUCGUAGGCAGUCAGUCAGUCAGGGAGCUGCUCACCAUGCAGCUGGCAGAUUGGCAUCAGCUCCAAGCUGACUGCUUCAUCCAGGACGAGAGACUGCGCAUCUUCGCCUUGUUGGCUGGGAAACCGGUGUGGCAGCUCUCAGAGCAAAAGCAAAUUAACGUGUGCUCCCAGCUGGAUUGGAAACGCUCCCUGGCUAUCCAUCUUUGGUAUCUGCUUCCACCCACAGCUUCCAUUUCCAGAGCCCUCAGCAUGUAUGAAGAAGCAUUUCAGAGCACCUCUGAGGGUGACCGAUAUGCCUGCUCCCCACUUCCUUCCUACCUUGAGGGCUCUGGCUGUAUAGUAGAAGAGGAACAAGAUUCACAGAGACCACUUCGAGAUGUUUGCUUUCACCUUCUAAAACUCUACAGUGACAGACACUAUGACCUCAACCAGCUGCUAGAACCUAGAAGUAUAACAGCAGACCCCUUGGACUACCGCCUAAGCUGGCACUUGUGGGAGGUGCUUCGGGCUCUUAACUACACUCAUCUCUCAGAGCAGUGUGAGGGUGUUCUACAAACGAGCUAUGCUGGCCAACUGGAGAGUGAGGGCCUCUGGGAGUGGGCCAUUUUUGUCCUGCUGCACAUUGCCAACUCAAGUGUUCGAGAGAAGACUGUCCGAGAACUGCUUACCCGGCACUGCCAGCUCUCAGAGACUCCUGAAUCUUGGGCUAAGGAAACGUUCCUAACCCAGAAGCUUUGUGUGCCUGCUGAGUGGAUUCAUGAAGCCAAAGCAGUUCGAGCACGCAUGGAAUCCGACAAGCACUCGGAGGCCCUCUAUUUAUUUAAAGCCGGGCACUGGAACUGCUGCCACAAACUUAUCAUCCGACACUUAGCUUCUGAUGCCAUCAUUAAUGAAAACUAUGACUACCUGAAGGGGUUCUUGGAGGACCUGGCCCCUCCAGAGCGCAGCAGCUUAAUUCAGGACUGGGACACAUCUGGACUUGUCUACCUGGACUACAUUCGGGUCAUUGAAAUGCUCCACCAUAUCCAGCAGGUGGAUUGCUCAAGUUAUGAGCUGGAGCAGCUACAUACCAAAGUGACCUCAUUGUGCAACCGGAUAGAGCAGAUCCAGUGUUACAACGCCAAGGACCGCCUGGCUCAAUCAGACAUGGCCAAACGUAUAGCAAACCUACUGCGGGUGGUACUGAGCCUCCAGCAUUCCCCUGAUACAACCUCUGACUCAACAGCAGACCCACAGCGAGUCCCUUUGCGUCUGCUGGCUCCCCACAUCGGCAGACUGCCCAUGCCUGAAGACUAUGCCUUGGAAGAGCUACGCAGCCUCACACAGUCCUACCUGCGAGAACUGACGGUUGGAAGCCAAUGAGUCGUAGGCUCUUGCCACCACAUUCACAUGCUCUUUCACACUCACCACACGGCAGUCCUUGUAUUCUCUGUGUUGGGCUCUGGAAUCCACCCUCCCUGCCUGCUGCCCAACCAGCGUCCUCUACUUGCACAGGAAUUUUCUUAAUAAUGAAUAUAGUGUAAGGGCUCUGGAACCCAAGAAAGGAGCCAAGUGUCCUUUUACCUUCCUCAAGGCCAUUCAGUUCCUCCCACCCUUUUUAAAGAUGGUGAAUAAAGUUCCCCCAAAGAACAACAGAAUCCUUUUUCACAUCCAGCCAUUCUGGGUCUUGUGACCCUCCAUGCCACCCUGUUGUCCUUUUGUGCUUGGACUCUUUAGAAGGAGUUGACAGGUCAUGGGACAAUUGUGUUGGUCUGGGUAUGUCCUUACCAGAUAGCUGCCACGGUAGGAGGAGGAAAUUGUCUUUAAGUUGUUGUAAUCAUUGGGUUUGGGGCAUCAAAAGUUGAGUUAGGAAGCCGGUCAGAGUGUUCUGAUAUAAGUGAGUACGUGCCGUGGAAGGAUCAAUCUUCAUGCUUGUUUUGUUCCUGCCCCAGAAUGUUCCAUGUGCACCAUACCAUCCUUAGGUGCAACAGCCCUGGAUCACAUGCCCCAUGUCUUUGGGACCUUAAAACCCCCAGAAUUUGGUUUGGCCCCUAGUUCUUGGUCACCUUGCUAGACCUUCUGUCUGGAUUUGAUUGAAGAUAAAAAGUGGAAGGUUGGAUAGCCCUCCUUAGGACUUCCAUUCUAGCCCCAAAGCAUCUCCUACCCUCCAUUUGCCCUCCUCGAAGGUAAAACCAUCACUGAUGCGGGCAAGGAGCUGGGCGCUAGGGGCAAGCAGAGAGCCUGUGCUUCACUGUCACCAGCUCUGGGGAGCCCCUAGGUAGUGUCCGGAGAUAGCUGGGGCCUAGGCUGUCACAGACAACAUGGUCACCUGGGAUCUUUAUGCAUGAAGAUUAUGUAAAGAUUUUUAUUAAAACAUAUAUAUAUAAAUAUAUAUAAAUAAAUAAUCUAGAUUAUUUUCUUUUUCUGAAGCUACUUUCUUAAAAAAAUAAUAAAUGUUUAUAGCAUUCUUAUAAUUGGGUUUCCCAUUGUAUUUUUGAGCUUUCCUGCCCUGAGGAUCUUUCUGGUGGCCUUGUUUAGCCCAUUGUUGUAGAGUGUACAACCCGAGACAGGCCAUGAGGUGAAGAGAGAACAAUUUGAUGCUAAACUGAGAGACACCAUACCAAGAGCUAUCUAAAUGGAGAUUUAUAGGGAAGGGGGCUGAGAUUACUGAAUAAUCCUGCCUGCUGUACAUAUUGUAUGUAAAUAGCGAUUCCCAGCUGGGGGAUAAGGUAGACGUCUGAAAUUGCACAGUGAAAUAUACUUAGCAUUCAAAGUCUCCUUGCUAUUCUCACUACUAAUGCUUUUGUUUAUUUUUAAACCCUGGGUCACACACUUCACUUUUUGGUUUUCUCCUGUGUGUAAGGGGCAGAAGGAACCCUGAUGUUGCCAAUUGACAAGGAUGUUGUAGAAAGAGACUAAUGGUAAGCUGUUAACAUACUAUUCAUACCUUAUUUUGAUAAACUGAAAAUAUGAGCAAAUUCCAGUUAGUAUCAGGUCAAAGCCUUCUUGGGGACUCCAAGGAAUUGAUGUGAAAGGAGACUCAAGUAUGCCUUUUGAAUAGGGCGUCCCUUUAAAUUGAGAACAAGGGCUAUUCAACUGGGAUUCCUCACCUUCCCACUGCAAUUAAUGAUUCACUGUGUCUGUCCUAAAGCACUGCCAGGGUUUCACAAUGAAUUUCUGAUUUGUUUUCUUCACCCAAUUAAGUGGUUUGAGAAAAAUUAUUCUAGAAGUUGUUAGUCUUUAAAAGUGUUAGUAAUUGUGAAUAUGAACAUUACAUCAUGCCCUCUUUGGGCAAUUACUAUUUUCUUUAGACUCAAAAAAGGGAGCUUUAAAUAAAGUCUGUUUAUCGUAGAAAUCAUGUACUGUAGCCAAAUUAGAAAUGACAAAAGAUGAAGAAAAUCUCUUCUACCUCCCAAGAUCUUAUUGAAAAAAGAAUUUCUCAAAAAUCCAAAAUCAAGGAACCUAUUUUCUAAAAACAACUGGAACCCACAACCUCAUGCGGGUGAUAGGAACACCAAAAUAAAGUAUUUCCUCAGCAAGCUCUGAAAUAAUGCCAAGAUCGGGUGGGUUGGUUGGUUGGUUGGGUUGUGUUUUUUUUGUGUUUUUUUGGGGGGGGGCAGGUGUUAAAGGUUAAAUUAGCUGAACCAAGGCCUGCAGAGUAAUUACUAAUAUGGUUUUUUUCACUUUGACUCAGCUUUGUUCUUUCUAAAAGGUUGUUCUAGAUUUUCAAGUUUAAUGAAUGACUCUUCAAUUUCUUCUCUAUCUAGGGUCUGUCUAAUCCCUAAUUAUAUACAGUUGUGCUUGCUUUAUCUUUUCCUGAUUUGGGUUUCAAUGAGUAUUGUUUGAGAACCAGCUUUUAGACUUGCUGAUAAUUUUUACUGGAGCUCUGUAUUAUAAGAUGUUAAUUUCAGCUUUAAACAUUCAUUUCUGAUGCUUCCCUCAGGGUUUUUAAAAGUCUUUUAUUGUAGAAAUUUUCAUCUACACAAAGUAAAAUAAUGUAAUGAUCCCAUGUUCAACUUAUGUCUUACUUUCCAAUCAAUUUCACCUUUACUACCCUCAUUCCUUCCCCACUGCACAGUGGUAUAUUCUAAAUGUUUUUAAUCCAUCGAAACCUAAACGUUUUUAACAGAUAAGUAUAUUUUUAUACACGACAGUAUUGCUGUCACACCUAACAAAAUUAUAAUCAUUCCUAGAUAUCAGCUAAGAAUCCACGUCCAAAUUUCCCUAAGUUGUCUCAAAAAUAAAUGUUUACAGUUUGAAUUUAUUGAAUUAAUUGAUCUACGCUGAUCCACAUAAUUGCAUUUGAUAAGUCCCUUAGUCUAUUAUUAACAGCCCCGUCAUGUUUUUAGUACCAUUUAUUUAUACUGAAGUAGCUGGUCAUUUGUCCUUUGGGUUAAAGGUCCAGGGACUUCUCGUAAGUAAUGAUGUGUACUUUAGAAGACACAGUGUCUGGCUAUCCUACUUAUGUGAUUGAUUGUAAGAUUGUUGGUUCAGGUGUUACCAGCUUGGUUCAGCCUUUACUAAGCUUCCCAUCAAUUUUUCACCUACUGAUUAUCAUUGCCAAGAUUAUUAUUUCAUUAUUGUAUAUCCAUUAUCUUUUUUAGAUGUGGUGCUCUCAUUUUCAAAAUAAAGACUUAAAACAGUAAACUAAGUUCUUGAUUUUUACUUUUAUUUUUACUAUAAUGACUCCUUUUAAAAGGUACCCAGCUAAUUUUUUCACUUUCUUCAUAUUUUCCCCAACACGUGAUAGGAAGUGUUUUGACUUUUUUCCCCCAACCACGUUACCCUAAAAAAACAAAUGAUAGUACAGAAAGAUUUUUGAUUGUGCAUGUUUAGAUGAACCCAAGUGGACAUGAAAAGGCAUUUUGUAUAACUUGGCCUAUUUCCACAUAUUUUCAAGUAUUAUUGAAAUUCACCUUUGUUUUGUGCUUCUAUUUCAAAUAUUUUUAAGAGCCAUUUGCAUGCAAAAUAGCCUUAAUAAAAACUUCAAAAUCAUAAAGACUAUACAUACUGGUCUGGUAGUCUAGAUUGGUGGAAGAGGAUGGCCCUUAGACCCCUUCAGUCCUGAACCUAUUGCCCUCCUGGAGAUCACCUUUUAGAUAAAGAAUAGUCCUCAGAACAGUCAACCGUACAGGAUCAAAAGGGCAGCAAAGAUGGGUGACUGGGACCCAGGGAAGGGGUGAGAAGAAUUUCUGAUACACUUUGGGGAGUGCAACUAAUGCCACAAAACAAUGUGCAUAAAUAGUUGAAUGGGAAACCAAUUUGUUCCAUAAACUUUUGCCCAAACCACAAUAAAAUAAAAGCCUUGCCCCAAAUGAAUUAAUAAUUGCUGAAGAAAGUAAUGCAGAAAGAAGUAUCUAUCUUUCAUGCCCAGCUUUCCACUUGGAGGCUAAGGCAAAAAAGAGGAAGGCUCCAGUUCAUAUAUGGAUGGGUUUAUUCCAAAUAAAACAUGUUUAAACAAAUCUCUGCAGUAACACCUGUCUUAGUCUUGUCAAAGGAUCCCUGUAGGUUAUAUUAGACCAGUGGUUCUCAACAUGU